UCCCGCUAAGGUUAUAGCAUUUCUCAACCCUCCAAUCUCAUAUCCUAUAUUUUCUUCAGUCGCUCCCCCAAAUCCAAUUGUUCGAUCAUCCUGAGCAAAGAGGGAGGACUGACACCGAAGUUGGAGAGAAUGUUGAGAAAGUUCAAUGCCAUUGGCAACAAUAAGACCUCCAAGUUGUUGCUCGAGGAGAAUGGCACCGAGCAGGAACAGCAGACCGCCAUGGAUUCACUUCAAUUGCCGCUAGUCACCAAUAGACCCCCAACAAACCUAAUAAUAGGCACCAAUCCACAAUUGCAGACAAAUGCCCUACCUAAGCAGUUUCCCUAUCACUUCCCUCCACCAUAUCAAAUUCCCCCGCAAGUUCAGCAACCACAGUUGGCGCAGCACGACUUGAGGCACCAGUCCUUCUGGGUAAAUCUAAUCCAGGAUAUCAAUAUAGGCAAGAACAUCAAGAACCACAGCCUCCCUCUCGCCAGGAUCAAAAAGAUCAUGAAAUCCGACGAAGAUGUCAAGAUGAUCGCCGCCGAGGUGCCGCCGCUCUUUUCGAAAGCAUGCGAACUUUUCAUCCUCGAGCUGACCCACGGCUCUUGGUGUCAGGUUGAUCGAGAAAAGCGAAAAACAUUGCAGAGGGGGGACAUCUCUUUAGAAAUUGCAAAGCAUCAGGCGUUUGAUUUCUUGGUGGAUAUUGUGCCAGAGAAAAAAGUGGCAGAAAGUGGGGCGGCAGCGUCGACGUCGAUGACGAUUUCAGGUGAUGAACAACUGAAUCAAUCAAUUUCUUGUUUUCAUGAUCCUUCUAUGCUCGAUUCGUUGAUGAUGGAUUUUAGGAAUUCUGAGACUGUUCCACAUUGUUCAAUAUCUACUCAACAACAUCAGCAUAGCAAUGCCUCAGAGAAUGGAGAAAGUGCAGCGCCAAACUUGUCUCCAUAGAUGUAGAAAAUAUUACGU